AUGGGAUUUGCAGCUUUCGCUUCGUUUCGUACGGGACCAGCUCAUAUUGACGACGAUUCAUUUCAGACGGGCACCAUUCGCACAGAAUUGGACAGCGAGUCGCAAGCUUGUUAUGCUUUAGCAUUAUCGCAUGAUCACAAGUUGCUGUUUGCCUGCUGUGCUGAUGGAAAUAUUGUUGUGUGGGAUAUCGAAUCCAAAACCAAGGUCACUUCGCUCCCGGGACAUCAAGAGGGAGCCUCAUGUAUUGAUCUCUCUUCGGACGGUUCUAAAUUAUGGACUGGAGGACUUGAUAACACGGUGCGCACGUGGGAUCUUCGAGAGCGGCGACAAUUGAGUCAGUUCGAUUUCCCGAGUCAGAUCUUCAGCUUAGGAUGUUGUCCAACGGAGGAUUGGGUUGCAGUGGGCAUGGAAAAUAAUAAUGUGGAGGUUCUGAACACAACUCGUACAGAGAAGUAUCAGUUGCAUCAACACGAAUCAUGUGUUCUGUCGCUCAAAUUUGCUCACUCUGGUCGAUGGUUUGUCUCGACGGGAAAGGACAACGUGUUGAACGCAUGGAGGACCCCGUAUGGUGCAUCUUUGUUACAAGCGAAGGAAUCGUCGUCUGUGUUAUCGUGUGAUAUAGCCAGUGACGACUCGCUGAUUGUGACAGGAUCAGGCGAGAAGAAGGCAACCGUCUACGAGGUGACUACAUACACCUGA